UCGCUGACUGCUGCUUCUAUCUCCAGAUUACCCUCAUUUGGCUUAUUUGUCAAGUUCACUCGUUACGACUAUCUCCUGACAAUAUCUGUUGUUGCGGCCGCCCUAUUAGCGGCCUCGUAUGUGGCCGGCGAGCAUGUGGAGCACCCCAAGCCCAAGUUCUACUUCCCCAAACAUGUCAAGCGCCAGUAUGCCAACGCCACGAUAACAUCCAACGAUGCCCCUCUUUCCACCAUCGACACCUCGUCCGACACCUUGUCGCAGACGACCAAGAGGGAAACGACCAGCAACGACCAGAGCGAAAGCUUGUCGGACAUUCCCUUUGUCAAGUCGACUUCCUCUCGCCUCUUCACCUCGAGCGACGACUCGCAGUCGGAAUCCGAGUCGGACAAGUCUCGGGUCACGACGGUGGUGAUUGCGAGCACCAUUUACGUUUCGCCUUCCCAGCCCACGACAGUCAACUUGUCGACCGGCAGCACGGCCGUUCCCUCUGCCCCCGCUGUCGACACCGACUCUUCCAGUUCCGCCGAUAGCACUGCCGGCUCAUCUGACUCUACUAGCCAGGGUGCCACUAAAUUCCUUGAUUCCUCUAGCCCUGCUACUGACAACAGCUCAACCGACUCAACUGGAUCUACUACGGGAAGCAGCCCUGGCUCUACUACGGAGAGCAGCUCAUCUGGCUCUACUACCGAGGGUAGCUCCUCUGGCUCUACUACGGACAGUACUGGCUCGCCUAUCAUUGCCACCGACAGUGCCAGCUCUUCGGCUUCGGAUUCCGCUAGCGACAACACCAUCUUGCCCAGCUCCGGCGCCAAUGCUACCAGCUCUUCAGGCUCUGCCACCGACGCUGGUAGCUCGUCCAGCUCUGUCGCAGAGACUGCUAGCUCAUCUAACCCUGCCACCGAUAGUACCAGCUCUUCGGCUUCUGCUACUGACAGCGCUACCUUGCCUGGCUCUGUGAAAGUUGUCAACACCACCAGCUCGGCCAUCUCUGCCACCGACGCUGGUAGCUCGUCCAGCUCUGUCGCAGAGACUGCUAGCUCAUCUAACCCUGCCACCGAUAGUGCCAGCUCUUCGGCUUCUGCUACUGACAGCGCUACCUCGCCUGGCUCUGUCGCCAACACCACCAGCUCGGCCAUCUCUGCUACCGACGUCGCUAGCUUCUCGGCUUCUGCUACCGAUGUUGCCAGCUCACCGGCCGCGUCGACUGAUGCAUCUGGCUCCUUGACUUCGUCCAGCGCUUUACCUGCCGUCUCGUCGGGAGUCAUUUCUAACACGACUAGUCCCGACUCGUCUAGCUCUUUGCAGGUUCUUGCUCCUCCGACCACCACCGCUGAGCCUACUUCCACGGCCGAGGCUUCCACCGUCGAGACCGUAAGCACCGAGACAGCCACCGAUGGAAGCGCUUCCACGGGUUUGUUCCCGCCUAUCAUCAUCCUUCCUUCGAUCCGGACGACCUCGACUUCUGCGGCCGAUAUCGGUUUCAACUAUGGAUUCAACUACCCAUUCGUGGCCAAGAAUAACAACGCUGCGGCGCAGAUCUUCCGUCUUCUCCCUGAGGCGCUGGCGUUUGCUUCGUCCAUUGAGUCCCACAGAGUAAGAGUCACGAAGCUGAUGCCCAUGAACACGGUGAACACCCUGGGUUACUGGACCACUCUUGCUGUCGUAUCAUACCCGCAGGCGUAUGUUGAGAGCCUUCGACUGGAUGUUAAACUCGCCAGCUCUCCGCUUUACAACAACCCUACCCCGCUGGUUUACAAUUUGACAAUGCAGAUCAAUCCUGCCAUCGACAUCAUCCUUGGCUCGACCCUCAGUGGCGAAGGCUCAGGCGGCGACAGUGGAAGUAACCCAUCCAACGCCGGUAACAACGGCAACGCGGAUCCGUUUACGAACAACAAUAACGGCAACCAGACCUCUCAGCAGCGGGGAACCACGGCGGGUAUUGUGGGCGGUGCUGUUGCCGUCGCUGCUGCGUAUGGCGCGGCCAUGUUCGUGAUUGCCAGGAGGUACAAGAGGAAGAAGCAGGCGCACAGACGGGCGAGCUCCAUCAGCGGAAGCCCGUCGGACAUGCAGCAGAUGGGCGGGGGCAGCCCGGCUCUAAUGGGCGGUGCUCUCCUUAGUAGGGAUUUCACCGGCUAUGGAGGAGUGGCUGGCGGCGCGGCGGCGGCCGGCGCCGGUGCGCCUGGUGGACGGGACAGCCAUGGCAGCGGAAGGAGCGGGAUGGGUCUCUCUUCUCGGACCGCCUACAUCUCGGCCCCGGUUGCCGCGGAAAACUCCCUCGGGUGGAACUAA